UAGGUGCAUAAGCAUUUUUCUAGAAAUCAGCGAAGCGCAAUAGCAAAUAACUGCAAUGAUGUCCUUAAGACGGUUGGCAAUAAUUGCGCCGUUAACGCUGAAGCAUAACAAGCAAAAUAUUUCAAAUAUUGCAGCACCAAUAAGUGCGCAAGAAACAACAACAAAUAUUGACAUUAAGCAAACACAACCAACAACAGCUAUAGCAACCACAGCAACAACAACAUUAGCAACUGUAACUAAGAGUCAUCGAAUUAUCGACGACGAUAGUUACGCCGAUGACAGCAAUGACAACAGUGAAGAUGACAGCAACGAGACAUAUACGAAUAUAAUUAAUGCAUAUACGCCCGGCAAUGGCUUGCAAACAAUACGCGCGAGUUUUGGCCUAAGUGGCCUCAUCGGUCACAAUUCAGGUGGCAUUGGUAGUGGUGGAGGCAUCGGUGGCGGUCAUCAAACAUAUCCACAUGCAAUUAAUGGAAAUGCGAAUUUACUAUUAUGCGGCGCCAUGCUGUCAGUGGUUACCACCAUUCUAUGCGUUGUUUGUUAUUGUUGCCAUCGUAACAUAAAGAAACGCACCGAAGCUGCAUAUCGCCAGCAACACCAGUGGCUUGAAAGUGAUCCCAAUAUGGAAAUAUACAGUGUGGAGCAGAGCUAUGAAACUUCUGGCAUAUUUCUGGGUGAAUCCACCGACGGCUUCACCACCUUGGCAACACUUCACCACGAGCCGCCACCAUCGUACGAUGCCGUGGUUGCCAUGCAAGAGCAACAAUUAUUACAACAACAACUUUAUCAGCAACGAUGCCAACUCUUACAGCAGCAGCAAACGCAUUUACAGCAUAACUCCCCACCACCAGGCUAUCGUUCCACGCUCGCCGUCCACGAAAUGCCUACCCCAACAAUGUCCGCAUCGGCAGCGACCAGCAACUUGGCCAUGGACACGCUGCACAACGACAGCAGCGGCAACCUUAGCGGCAGCUGCAAUAUCAGCAUCAGCGGCAACAGCAUCGGUGGCAAUAGUUGCAGUAAUUUCUUUGCUUGCGGCAAGCCAACAACUGCGCCGACGAAUAGCAGAUACAGCAGCAACAACGCAGCAUUUUUAAAUAUGAAAAAGGCGCUGAAUGCACAGUCAUGCUGCUCGCUGCAGCGCGCCGAGGUGGAGAAUAUGUGGAAUGCAGCCACAGCUGCCGUAGCCGCACGUGCCUCACACGCUGCCACAUCAUCGCCGUGCGGUGCCGCCAGCCUGUCCGGCAGCAAUGCAGCCGCGGACACACAAAUCUCCAUACAUAUUUUCGAUAUACAUCGCAAUCCAAAGUACUUUGAUGAACCAAAUAAAUUCGAUCCGCUACGCUUUACACCUGAAAACUCCGAAGGCAGGCAUCCAUAUGCGUAUAUACCCUUUAGCGCUGGUCAGCGAAAUUGCAUAGGCCAAAAAUUUGCUAUGCUGGAGAUGAAAACAUUAUUAGUUUUUAUAUUAAAGAAGUUCAAAGUGUUGGCGUUAAUGGAUCCAAAGGACCUGCAAUUCGAAACGGGCAUAAUAAUAAGAACACCCAAUGCGGUUAAAGUUGGAUUAGAGAAAAGAUAAAUGUUUAAUGAUUGUAUUUGUGGUUUUGAAAGUGUUUUUAGACGGCAGUUCUACAUUGCCUAAGAAUCAAUAAUGAUACGAAAAUAAAACAUAAAACUAGUUUCUAUAUUCUUCGUGUU